UUCCCAAGGAGGAAUUUCUCUCUCCUCCCCUCCUCUCCUCUCCUCUCUUCCUCCACCUCAAGUUUUCAUCUUUAGAUUCAAGGAAAGGAAAACAACAACAGACCGAGAACACAAGCAAGAAGGAAAGAAAGGGGUCUCAGCUUUCGAGCUCUCCUUCAACCAGAAAGAAAAGAAGGAAAGAAAAGAAAGAACGAAUCCCAUACUUCCCCACACCACAAUCCUUGCUUUCUCUUGUGGGCGAAGUACUCGGCUCUUCUCCGCGCGCGCACGACUGCCUCUUAUAGUAGUCUCCAGUGCAGGCCUGAUACGUUCCCAAGGUUGUCCCACAAAAGCAAAGAUCUUUUUGCUUUUAGAACCACAAUCAUGGCCACUUAAUGCUCUCUCUCGUAAGUCCAUAAUUCACAGGCACGGUACGAGGAACAAAAGAAAAAAAAAAAUGAUGGCCAGUGAAGAACCCUAUUCUGCCGACACAGACCCGGACGCUUUCGCUAAUGAAGAAACGCUGAUGCCAAGUUCUUCUGAGGCUCUUGAGUCCGUCUGGGUUCCUUCUUCUUCGACGGCUCAUCAUGGUUCAAAAUCAAUGGUCAAUUUUGAGGACGUUUCUGGAGGAGGAGAUACCAAGUACCUCCGACAGAUUGAUCUGAAGGAAGAAACCAUCGAAGAGGACUAUUGCGAAGGAAGCUAUCAGCCCCCUGUGAAGAAGCGGCGACUGUCGGUUGACCAAGUCCACUUCCUCGAAAGGCACUUCGAGGUGGAGAACAAGCUCGAGCCUGAGAGGAAGAUCCAGCUUGCCAAGGAGCUCGGCCUGCAGCCGAGGCAGGUCGCAAUCUGGUUUCAAAAUCGGCGAGCCCGGUACAAGACCAAGCAGCUGGAGAAGGAGUUCGAUUCGCUCAAAGCUCGCUACGAGAGCCUCAAGGCUGAUCACAACAAGCUUAUCAAAGAAAAGGAGAAUUUGAAAGGGGAGGUCCUCUCUCUCAAAGACAAACUGAGGAGCAGAGCAAAAGGAAGCGAGGAGAGAUCGCUCGAAGUUGAUGAUUCAUUGCACAGAGUGACUAAGAAAACAACCACGCCCUCAACUCUCGAGGAUGUUUCGAACGAGGAUGCCACGAUCUUAAAGCAGGAGGACGCGAGUUCGGCCAAGAGCGACGUGUUCGAUUCGGAGUCGGUGCUAGAGCCCGCAAAUUCCUCCCACGUAUUCGAACCAGACUGCUCGGACUUCUCGCAGGACGAGGAUGAUAGUUUCGCCAAGAUCCUCUUGCCCCUGGAAUUCCUUCCCAGAUUUGAAGAUGGAUACACCUUCCACCAGAACCCACCUUCAAUUUCUUGCAAUUUUACUUUCCCAGCUGAAGAAAACCCCUUCUGGUCCUCGUCUUACUGAGUAAACGAAAUGUUAACAGGACAAAUGCCAUGCAUCUUAAGGGUAGGCUCUGGUACGAUGCAUCUAGCUAUAAGUAGAAGAAGUAAAUUCUGGUGGUUUCUAGA